CCAGUCUCACACCGCCCCACACCACACCCCACACACACCACAGCACCAACACUCUCAGUCACUCAUUUCACUCUCCACUAAAUUCAUCCCCCAAUUGUAAAAAAAAAAAAAUGCAAAAAUGUUCUCAGGAAACUUGAAACUGCGGAUAAUCGAGGCGGUGGAGUUAAAACCGACGGCGUUCCAGGGCCGGCUCUCGACCACUUUCUCAGAGAACAUCUCCAUCGACCCCUACGUUUCCAUUGAUCUCGAUGAAGUUACCAUUCACAGAACCACCCCCCGUGUGAAAACCUACAACCCGAAAUGGGACGAGUCCUUCGUGACCAUGGCAACCAACCUGUCCUCCAUCGGUCUCACCGUGUUCCACGACGCGGCCAUCCCACCCGACGAUUUUAUCGCCAAUUCCACUAUACUAAUAGAGGAUUUGCUAGAAAAACUCGAAGCGACGCCAGCGCCCUUAUCCGAUGCGCUAUCCGCGGAGAGCGCUUCGAGCGCCUCCGUCGCGCUGGGCGCUUCUUCAUCAGAAAAGAAAUCCUACGACAUUUGGGUGGAUCUCGAACCCCACGGGCGAUUGCACAUCGCGAUGGAUUUCAACUACGAGGAAGAGGAGGAGCACGAGGAGGCCAAUUCCGAAUCCAUAGUGAAAAGUGGGGGUGGUCAACAAGGGGGGGAGUCCGAUGGGGGGAAGGAGUUUAAGGAAAGGGGGGGUGGUUUCAACCGGAGGAGGGGGGCCAUGCGGAGGAGGGUCCAUCAAGUCAACGGGCACAAGUUCAUGGCCACGUAUCUACGGCAACCCACGUUUUGUAGUCACUGCAAGGAGUUUAUUUGGGGUCUGGGGAAGCAAGGCUACCAGUGUCAAGUCUGCACGUGCGUGGUGCACAAGCGCUGCCAUGGCCUCGUCGUCACCAAGUGUCCGGGGAUGGCCAUGGGGGGCGCCGUGGGGGGCGAGGAGCUCGAGGCGGUCGGGGGGCAGCGCUUCUCGGUGAACCUCCCCCAUCGCUUUUCCAUCCACACCUACAAGCGCCCCACGUUCUGCGAGCACUGCGGGUCGCUCAUUUUCGGGGUCAUCCGGCAGGGCCUCCAAUGCGAAGCGUGCGGGAUGAACGUGCACAAGCGCUGUCAAAAAAACGUCGCGAACAACUGCGGCAUAAACACGAAGCAGCUCGCGGAAAUCCUCUCCGCGAUCGGAAUCAGCACACAAAAUCUCAGCGUCGCGAGUUCCCAGGCGCAGAGGAAAAAGAAGGUCUCCAUAAGUGAAACGCGGCCGUGCUCCUCCUCCACGUCCUCUUCGAUGAUUUCUAACGUUUCCACGGGGACGAUGGAGAGCACGUUCAGCGCGAAAGAAGCCGAGCACACGCAGGAGAUCCGCAUGAGGAUUGAGGCGCAAAAAGCGAUGGAGGCGCGGAUGAAGGAUAAGCUACCCGUGGACUCGAAACCGGUCGCUGUAGCGACUGCGGCCGUUGCCAAGGAGACCAAAAAAGAAAUCUCCACCCGUCGAAAAAUAGGGCUGGAGGACUUUAAUUUUAUAAAAGUGCUGGGGAAGGGCUCCUUCGGGAAAGUCAUGCUCGGGGAGUUGAAGGGCACCGAGGAGGUCUACGCCGUCAAGGUCCUAAAAAAAGACGUGAUUCUCCAAGACGACGACGUGGACUGCACGAUGACGGAGAAGCGGAUUCUCGCCCUCGCCGCGUCGCACCCCUUCCUCACCGCGCUCCACUCCUGCUUUCAAACCAAGGACCGCCUCUUCUUCGUGAUGGAGUACGUGAACGGCGGCGACCUAAUGUUCCAAAUCCAGCGCGCGCGUAAAUUUGACGAGCCGCGGGCGCGCUUUUACGCGGCUGAAGUGACCCUCGCGCUGCAAUUCCUCCACCGCCACGCGGUCAUCUAUCGAGAUUUGAAACUGGAUAAUAUUCUCCUAGACCAAGAGGGACACUGCAAAUUAGCGGAUUUCGGGAUGUGCAAAGAGUUUGGGAUUUGCACCAGUGGGGAAAAUGCUACGGGGGACAACACCACGUCGACUUUUUGUGGGACGCCGGAUUAUAUCGCACCGGAGAUCCUCCAAGAGCAAGACUACAACUCCUCGGUGGACUGGUGGGCCCUGGGGGUUCUAAUGUACGAGAUGAUGGCGGGGCAGCCCCCUUUUGAAGCAGAUAACGAGGAAGACCUAUUCCAAUCCAUUCUCCAUGACGACGUGCUCUACCCGGUCUGGUUGUCACGUGACGCCGUGUCGAUUCUAAAGGGCUUCAUGACUAAGAAUCCGACGCGGCGGUUGGGGUGCGUGGGGGCGAACGGGGGGGAGGCCGCGAUUAGGUCACAUGCUUUUUUUAAGGAGAUUCACUGGGAGGCGCUGGAAAUGCGGAGGGUGAAACCCCCUUUUAGGCCGAAGAUUAAAUCCAAAAAGGACGCCCUGAAUUUCGACGCCGAGUUCACCAAGGAAGAGCCGGUGCUGACCCCGCUGAUGGCGGAGGUGGUGAAAUCCAUCAGCCAGGAGGAGUUCAAGGGCUUCACCUUCGUCAACCCAGACUUCGAUCCGAUGAGAUUUUCUCAUGAGAAAAAAUGAAUACUCAAUUGUUUUCUAGUCUUUUUUUUACGUUGUUGCCAUGGAAACGCGCACAUGUUUUUCGUGGAGUGGAGAUGGUGGAGUUUAUUUAUUGUGCUUUUGUCAUGGGAGGAGAGGAGGAGGGGUUAAUAAAAAAUUUGUUGAAAAAUUG